AUGCAAUGGAAUCGUAUUCCUCGAUUUCUUAAUUUAUAUGCAAUAAUUUUAGGAUACUCCGGUGUAACAAAAAGUGGUUCUGUACGAGAAUGUCGAGAAGCUUUAGAAGAAUUAUACGAAUUUCUUAUUGCACAUAAUAUUGGAAAUCCAAGUGCUAUUCAUUCUAUUCUUGAUAAAUUUACUGAAGCUGGUUUUAUGGACCAGUUAAAAGAAUCAACCAAUAUUAUUAUUAUUCAAGAAGAAGUUGAUGUUGCACUCAAGCAAAUGAGCUUUUUUUCAAACAAUACACCCGAUUCAAGUAGACAAAUGUUUUGUCAAUUAUUUGAUGGACUUACUAUGAGAAAAAAAACAAAAGGAUAUCGACAACGAAUAAGAAAUGCUCGCAUGACAAUAUGUGGAACUAGCACAGGUGUUUUACUUCCACCGAUUUUACAAGAUUUUUUAAAGCAUGUUAUGACUGAUGGUGUCGUCGUUCGUUGUUUGUUUCUUGUACUUGGUUACCAACAGUAUUUAAGACAACAACAUGUUGAUCCGAAUCAAAAUAUGCCAACCGUUGCUCAAAUGUUGAUGGCUAUGUUAAUACUCGGGCGUCGUCAAUAUGUGUAUUCACAUGAAGCGCAAUUAUUACUUGAUAGUUAUAUCGAAGAGCUUAGUAAACAAGCAUCUGAAGCUAAUUCAUCGAGAAUUACAUCUUUUCUUGCGAAACAAGCUAUCCAAGUAACCCGAAUCAGCACACUUACACAGAUCAUUGAUUUAUUGCCAUCAAUUAUCGAACAUGCUAAUAUAAUUCGUGCACCUGAUGAUAUGAUUGGAUUGAAUUUACGUCUAUAUAAUGAGAUCGAUAUGGUUAUUCGAAGAUUAUUUGAACCUCAAAUAACAAUAACAAAAGCAUCGACUUCUCGUGCUAUAUAUUUCCAUGGAUAUUUAUUAGAGCAAACGCUCAAAGUUUUUGAUAUCAGUUCGUUAGAAACAGUUAUACCAAAUAUGAAUCCAACUAUAGGGAAAGAACUAUGCCGUCAAAUUCUUAUGCUGCCACAGAUUAUAAUUACAAAAGAAAAUUUAUAUUCUUUUAAUGAAAAAAAAAGAAUUGAUCGAAAUAUUGGUACACAAUCUUUUGAAACACUUGUUACAGAAGGUUUACUGCUUAAAGAUUAUUUUAUUUUAACAAGUACGCGUCGACCGAUUGAAUGCUAUGCCAAAAUCUUACCAACGAAUCAGAUGGAUCGUGAUGUCAUUUCUAAUAAACUUCGAAUUUAUAACAUUCAAUUAUCUGCUUAUAUUGACGUUUCUCGAUCAGUUGGAAUCCAGCCACCUUCAAAAUUGAGUGCUAUUGGCACAGAGCUUUUUUCAAGAAUUCCAUAUUCAACAAUAUAUAAUGUUUCAACUUCAUCGUCAGAACUUUCAAUUAGCAUUUCUUCGUCAGAAACAUCAUCGUCAAAUAAUAAUCCAUCAAUAACAACUCAAACAAGAACUCAAACAAUCUCAAUCAAUGAAAAUGAUGAGCUUCCAUUACCGUCUCAUGCUGUAAGAUAUCCUAAAAAUUUUAUUGAAAGAAACAAUUAUAUUAUUAUCAGGAAUCUUUUUGUAAAAUUUAUUUUAUCAAAUUUUCAUUCCUAG